AUGAGUAUUUUGAUGGAAAAGCUGGUAGCCCCUCAGCAAGCAGAUUACAUAAAGGGUAGAUGCAUCCAAGAGCAGGUACUUCUUGCUUCUGAAAUGGUCAAUGAAAUGAAGAAAAAAAGAAGAGGAGAUGAUGUCUUUAUGUUUUGUAAUGGAGGAAAGAAAUGUCUACAAAAUGUUCAGCAGUUAUUAGAUCCAUAUCAAAAAAGCUCUGGGCAGAUCAUUGACAAGAGUAAAAGUAAACUUUUCAUUGAUGGCACAAUUGUCUUAAGGAAAAAUUUGAUACAAGAUAUAAUGCAGAUGGAGAGAAGUGAUUUUCCUGACAAAUACUUGGGUGUCAUUUUAGCAGCAGGCAGAGUAAAAACCUCAAAUGUGUGGCCAAUGGUAGAAAUGUUACAAGGAAAGCUUGCUGCUUGGAAAGGAAGAAUGAUGUCUUUUCAAGAAAUAUCGGUGCUUAUUAAGGUUUGCACUCCUUUUGAAGAAGGUGGACUUGCUAUUCCAAGACUUGUUGUCAUUAACAGAGCAUUGCUGAUGAAGAUGAUGUGGAAGAUCAUGCACUCAAAUGAAGAGUGGGCAGUUUUCUUUAAAGCUAAGUAUGUGGAUAAGAAUGGCCAAUGGAGUCAUAAAUGGCAACUAUCUACUGUGUGGCCAGGUCUUAAAUGGGCAUGA